UUCUGUCCUUGUAUACAAAAACCCAAACUCAGUAGUCUGUGAUCACCUAAACCCUUAACCCUGGCUUGCAAAAUUGUGAAUAUCAUCUGUGUGUAUAUACAUAUAGUACAAGACUGGGCGGCAAUUUAUAUAAACCAAGCACACACCCACAGUGUUGUUAUCAAUUUUAAUUCAGGGUGACACUUCACAUUGAUUGCAGAAAUUGAAUAUAGAUAAAAAUGGCUGCUUCUCAAGUGUCUGGAGGAGGGACUUCUUCUAGAUUGUUUACUAGGGAACUGAAUCCCACUACAAGAAUGAGGAGGUCACUCUUACUGCAAAACUCUAGUCAAUCUCGCAAUUUCAACAUGUUAGUUAACGGGAAGAGAUUGAGAUGUAUUGACAUUGUUGCUCGUGCUUCAUUGUCCACCAACUACACACAAAUGUCUUCACCAUUGCCCAUUAUGCGCCAAAGAAGACGCCCAUUAUCUGAUGUUAAUUAUAAGUUAAGUUCAGAUUCUAGUGUGCAAACAUCUGAUAUGGAUGAGAGUUUGUCCAUAGAAGAAGAGUUUGAGCCAUCAACUUCAGAAGAUACUUCCCAUGAUUUGAAUGAGAAUUCUUCAUCAGUUGCAUCUGAUAAAGUUAAGGCUGAGUUGAAAGGAAAUGAUACUAAUCCAACACAUGAACUUAUCACGUUAUCCCUUCCAGCAAUUCUUGGACAGGCUAUUGACCCAUUUGCGCAGCUUAUGGAAACGGCUUUUAUUGGUCGAUUAGGCUCUGUGGAGUUGGCUUCAGCUGGUGUGUCCAUAUCAAUUUUCAAUAUUGUAUCAAAGCUAUUCAAUAUUCCUCUCCUCAGCAUUGCUACUUCUUUUGUGGCUGAAGACAUUUCAAGAAAUGCACAUUCACGCUCCAAUUCAGAGGGCCAUGAAGAAAUUAACAAUGCUAGACCUUUGGAAGCUAUGGCUAAAAGACAGCAAUUAUCUUCUGUGUCAACAGCUUUGACUUUAGCAAUUGGCAUUGGCUUAUUUGAGGCUGUAGCCUUGUGGCUGGGAUCUGGAAUUUUUCUCAACUUAAUGGGCUUAUCGUCGGCUUCCUCAAUGCAUGCUCCAGCACAACGUUUUCUUUCUCUUAGAGCCAUUGGUGCUCCUGCUGUUGUUGUUUCCUUGGCUCUUCAAGGCAUUUUUCGUGGAUUCAAGGACACAAAAACUCCUGUAAUCUGUCUUGGUAUAGGUAGUGCUGCAACUAUCCUUUUGUUACCAGUUCUUAUGUAUUUUUUAAAACUGGGUGUAACUGGAGCCGCCAUCUCUACUGUUGUUUCACAAUAUAUCGUCACCUGCCUAAUGCUCUGGCAUCUCAAUAAAAGAGCAGUAUUAUUGCCUCUAAAGCUGGGAUCACUUCAGUUUCGCGGCUAUUUGAAAUCCGGUGGUUUUCUGCUGGGGAGAACUCUUGCAGUCCUUAUAACUACGACAACUGGAACAUCUAUGGCUACUCGUCAAGGUCCACUUGCUAUGGCCGCUCAUCAAAUAUGUCUACAAGUAUGGUUAGCUGUAUCUUUACUGACAGAUGCACUUGCUGCAUCCGGUCAGGCCUUAAUUUCUAGUUCAGCAUCUAAAGGUGAUUACAGAUCUGUGAAGGAAGUCACGUAUUCUGUGUUGAAGAUAGGAUUUGGGACAGGUAUUUUAUUGACUUUGAUUUUGGGGGCAUCGUUUAGCUCUUUAGCUACCUUGUUUACUAAAGAUGCAGAAGUAUUAGCAAUUGUGAGAACUGGGGUAUUGUUUGUCAGUGCCAGUCAACCUAUAAAUGCAUUGGCAUUUAUUUUUGAUGGUCUCCAUUAUGGUGUUUCAGAUUUCAAAUAUGCGGCUUGUUCAAUGAUGGUGGUGGGAGCAAUAUCUUCUAUAUUCCUGUAUUACGCUCCCUCAGUUUUUGGUCUUCCUGGUGUUUGGGCAGGUCUGACUCUUUUUAUGGGAUUGCGGACCAUAGCUGGAGUUAUCAGAUUAGCAUCAAAGGAUGGUCCAUGGUGGUUUCUACACAAAGACUCUGAAAGGCUUAAGUUUAGCGAGGUUCGCUAAAUUUAUUAUGAAAAUUACCACCCUGAAGCUCAAUGGCGUGCUAAUACUACUUGCCCGAGUAAUAAUUUUUCUAACAAAUGAUCAGUCUGACUCCCCAGUUUUGUAAUUCUUUUGUCUCCUAGUCUCUGCUAACAGCAAAACCAAGGCCUUUUAGGGUGGCUUGAUACAUAUGUUUUUCCACGUGUUAUUACUUAUUACUAUGAACCUCAAAUUUUUGUGUACUAAACCAUGGCUGACAGUUAUCGAGUAUUUUCAGAAUCGGGAGCACCUGUAAAUUUAUGUAUAUAAAAAUUUCUGAUCGACAUA